UGUAAAUAUACUAGUCCAUAAGUGCUAUCGAUGAUUGCCGAAGUAAAUCGAUUUCUCGAUAGCGUGCCAUCGAUGCUUCGCCACCUCUAAUUUGUGUAUAAAUAAAAAUAUUAAACAAUUGGAAGCCGCAUAUUCGAUGCUAUAAUGAAGAGUAUUCGCGGCCAGGAUAAUCAUGAAAAGCUGCGCGAUUAUAUUCUUAAUCCCGACAUAAGCAUUCACGACCCGCUGCCCGAUGUGCUGCCGCGUAAAUUCAACGAAAUGCGCCUGUUGCACAUUCCAAAAUGUCCGGGAAGCACAAAACUAAUUCCACGUCGCGAUUUUGUCACCGGCGAAAUACUCGAGUUUGUGGAGAUCGAUGUUGAUGAUGUGGGCGCUAAUGCCUUCAAUUCGAUGUCCAUGCACCGCGAACCAGGUUUACUUGAAGAAGUGACUCGCGGCUCUCACAUGAAUUAUCCCUUUUGGCCGGGCGGCUUUGAUGCCGUCAAUAAUGAUGUGGAUCAGCAGACUGCAGAGCUGGCACAACUGGAUGUAGACAGCUUUGAGCUGGACGACAAGCUGUUGACAGUGCCACCGGGCUUCACCAGUGGUCAUGACUUUGCACAGCAGAAAAAGAAACCCGAGGAAGUUGCAGCGCCGUCUUCGGUUAAUGUGGAUCUUCUAGAGAAUCUGCAGCAAGAUGCCGAUGUGCAGCAAUGGCUGGAACUGACACGCAAUGCUGAAAGCACGCCCAAGAGUCCCAGCAGCGUACCUCAGCGUGAUUUGCAGUUUCCGGCGGAAUUCAAAGACGUCGACGAUGAAAUAAUGAAAGCGGAUUUGCAGCCAGUGCUCAAUAUAUCGACGACCACCAAGAGCUUUAGCAGCGACUGGGCCGAGAUGAUUGACAUGAGUCAGCCCAUCAAUGAUUUCAAGCAACAAAUUCCUUGUCCAGCCAUAGAAUUCCCAUUCGAGCUCGAUGUGUUUCAGCAGCAGGCGAUUCUCAAGCUGGAACAGCGUCAAUAUGUCUUUGUGGCCGCGCAUACUUCAGCGGGCAAAACUGUCGUUGCCGAGUAUGCCAUCGCCAUGUCCAAACGGGAUCUCACACGCACCAUUUACACGUCACCCAUUAAGGCGCUGUCCAAUCAAAAGUAUCGCGACUUUCGUAAAACCUUCAAGGAUGUGGGCUUGAUCACCGGUGAUCUGCAGAUCGAACCGACAGCUUCGUGCUUGAUCAUGACCACAGAGAUCUUGCGUUCCAUGCUGUAUUGUGGCAGCGAUAUUACGCGCGAUCUGGAGUAUGUGAUCUUCGAUGAGGUGCAUUACAUCAAUAAUCCCGAGCGUGGACAUGUCUGGGAGGAGAUUAUCAUACUGCUGCCGGACCAUGUCAACAUUAUUAUGCUCAGCGCCACUGUGCCCAAUACCAUGGAACUGGCUGAUUGGGUGGGCAGCACCAAGAAGCGCAAAGUCUAUGUGAUUAGCACGUUGAAGCGUCCCGUUCCUUUGAUGCAUUAUCUCUACACGGGAGCGGGUGGAAAGAGCAGAGAUGACAUGUUUCUGCUGGUGGAUGCACAGGGCAGAUAUCUUCAGGGCAACUACGAAAAGGCCGUGGAGCGCAAGAAGGAAAUGAGCAGUAAGUCAGGGGGCGGACCCUCGAACUACAUCAACAGCAAGCAGGAGCAAUACAUCUGGACGGGACUGAUUGACUUCCUCAAGCGCAACAACAAGAUGCCCGUGGUGGCUUUCACUUUGUCGCGCAAUCGUUGCGAUCAGAAUGUGGUUGCCCUGAAAUCGGUGGAUUUAAAUACUGCUAAGGAGAAGGGUGCGGUGCAGAAGUUCUUCCUGCAGUGUUUGGCGAAGUUGAAGCCGCCGGAUCGCACCAUUCCCCAAGUGCUGGCCUUAAAAGAUGCCUUGGAGCGUGGCAUUGGCGUGCAUCACAGCGGCAUUUUGCCCAUUCUCAAGGAGAUUGUGGAGAUGCUGUUCCAGAAUGGUCUCGUCAAGCUGCUCUUUGCCACCGAAACCUUUGCCAUGGGCGUCAAUAUGCCCGCUCGCACUGUGAUCUUUGAUUCGCACAAGAAAUUCGAUGGCUCCGAGAUGCGCAAUCUAAAGCCGGGUGAAUACAUUCAGAUGGCUGGACGCGCUGGACGACGUGGCCACGAUGAGAACGGCACUGUGAUCCUCAUGUGCAAGACGAGCGUGCCGCCUUCGAUGGAGCUGCGUCCCAUGAUCUUGGGCUUGCCCGAGAAGCUGCAGUCGCAGUUCAUCUUGCGUUAUGCGGUGAUUCUCACUUGCUUACGCAUUGAGAGCAUCAAGGUGGAGGACAUCAUGCAGUUUAGCUUCAAAGAAUUCAAACAGAAGUUGCAGCAGCCUGCACAGCAGAAGCUGCUCCGCCUGGCCGAGGAUAAGUUUGCCAUGUUGCCUGCCUUGGGUGCGCAUCUGGACAAGCUAGUCUUCUUCUACGAUAAGUCUGUGGAGUAUUGGCAAGAGAAGCAGCGAAUCAUGAAAUUCAUUGUGACGCAGGCCAAGAUCCAGAAGGAACUGAAGGUGGGUCGCAUCAUUGUUGUCACCCAUGGCAAGCACUAUAACAAGCUGGCGUUGCUGCUCAAUGUGAAGGCAGUGCUCGGCAAGGACACCGUCUACAAGGUGUUGGUGCUGGAUCAUCAAUUCAAAACGAAGGAUGCGACUGAUGCUAUGAUUAAUCAUGGCGAACUCUACUAUAAAAUACUCUCGCUGACGGCGCAAAACAAAUUCUUCCAUCCAGAAGGCAUUGGCGGCCAUGCGGUGCUCGACAUCAAGGCCAUCGAUAUAGUGAGCAUCACGAAGAGCAACAUCAAAGUAGACGCCGAUGUCAUCAUUCGCAACUGGGAGCAACGGCAGCUGGAACGCUUCAAGGAUGCGCCACCAGGUGCCACAGUUGUUAAAGCCGUGACCGAGUUGCAGCAGCUGAACGAGGCGUACAUUGCGAAUCCGGAGUGCAUCAAGUACAUCAACCUGUCCAAGGAGAUCAAUGUGAAUGCAGACACCGAACUGGCCAUGAUCAACUAUGUGGAUCACCUCAAGCGGCAAGUGGACGAAGUGCUGCCGCAUACGAAUAUCGCUGGCUUCGAGCAGGAGUUUGACAAGGUCUACGAGCGACGAGUGCUGGAGAUCAACAUUGAGGAGCUGCGCUUCAAAAAUUCCGCAAAGAACUUGACGCUCUAUCCGGACUAUUGUAAUAAGUUGCAAGUGCUGCGCUCGCUGAACUACAUCGAUGAGCUGAACGAGGUGACGCUCAAGGGCAAAGUUGCUUGCGAGAUGGGACAGAAUGAGUUGAUGAUAACCGAGCUCAUCUUCUGCAACAUGUUCAACGAUCUGGGACCAGCAGAGAUUGCGGCACUUCUGUCUGGCCUCGUGUUCCAGGCGAAGAUCAAGGGUCAGCCUGUGAUACCGCCAGCACUUAAGGAAUGCGUUGCCGCUUUUGAGCAGAUCAACGACACGAUAUUGGCCGCCGAGCAACGUUGUCAAGCUGGCAUCCAGGCCGAGAAUAAUCUCAACUUUGGACUGCUCGAAGUGGUCUACGAGUGGGCCAAGAAUAAGCCAUUUGCAGAGAUCAUGAAGUUGACGGAAGUGCAAGAGGGCAUCAUUGUGCGUUGCAUUCAGCAGCUGGAUGAAACGCUUCGCGACGUCAAAACGGCAGCCAUACGUAUCGGCAAUCCUGGCCUGCAAUCGAAGAUGGAGGAGGCCUCCGAGGCCAUUAAGCGUGACAUUGUUUUCACCGCCAGUUUGUACACAGAACUGUAAACAGCAAAGAAUAAGAAAUUGUAAAAGAGAAACACAUUUUUCGGCUUAGAACUACAAAUGAUGCAUCGUGUCAAUUACAAAAAAUCCAAAGGAUACUUAUAAAAAUGUAAAAAUAUA